AUGACCAGCAACGUGAAUAACACUUCAGACACAACGGCGCCUACGACAGGCGCUGGAACAGGGAACGGCGGAGGAAAGAUCGGGAAUAAGAUCAAAGGUGCUUGGCAGCUCGCACAUGGAAUCGGCGAGAACCUCCGUGGCACGACUAUGGGAGCUGCAGAUACAGCCGCCAGCUCGCAGAAAGGCGAGAUUAAAAACGAUAGCGUGGCCACCAAAGGACGUGCCGAAAUCACAGAAGGUCUCGCCCGUCUCAAAGGGCAGUUCAAUCCUGAAGCUGCACGCGCUACAAACGCAGGAGCCACUGGCACGGGUACUACUACAACGACAGCAGGUUUAGGAACGGGAGCCGGAGCCGGGGUGGGGGGAGUGGGCUCAGGAGCCGCUGCUACGGCUGCAGGUGCUGGCGUGACAGGCCCUGGCAUGACUGGUGGAACGGGUUAUGGAGACGCAGCUGGUCCUGGAGCUCGUACGACCACCGGCAAUACUCAAUCCGGCCAUGGCAGCGGUAACCAAACCUCACCAAAUGUUGCAAGCGCCACUGGACACCAAGCCCAAUCACAAACGCAAGGACAAGAUACUCACCACUAUGGACGCGAUGCUGCCGGAGGAGUAGCCGCGGCAGGUCUUGGCGCUGGGGCCGUGCACGAGUACGACAAGCAUGAGCAGAAGAACCAGAACCAAGGCGGGAACGGCGGAGUUGAAGCGGCACAGAGUGGCCGGCAUGGGGAUGGAUACGUGCAAAGCGCCUAUGAUAGCACCAGACAGGGGGGACAGGAUCAGGAUCAGCAAGCUCCUUCUACUCGCAACCAGGCCGGUGAUCAUAAUUACGGGCGCGAUGCUGCUGCAGGAGUCGGAGCUGCAGGAUUAGGCGCUGGAGCAGUGCACGAGUACGACAAGCAUGAGGAUCCUGGCGCUACGCAGAGUGGACAAGGUCAGGCAGAAAACGGUUACACACAAAAAGCGUACAAUAGUUCCACGCAGGGAGGGCAGCAACAGCAGCAAUUUCCUCACAACCAAGCUAGUGACCAUCAUUAUGGUCGUAACGCUGCUGCAGGAGCUGGUGCAGCCGGGUUAGGUGCAGGCGCGUUGCAUGAGUACGACAAGCACACCGGUCAGCAGCAGCAGGAAGGUCCUGAUGUUGGUGCCGCUCAGACUGGCGGUCACGGAGAUGGGUUCGUUCAGAGUGGUUACGAGCGUACACGCUAUGGAGGUCAGGGAAGCACAGAGAUUCAACCACCUCGUCCAGAUGUUGGGGCUGCGCAGACUGGCAGUCAUGAAGAUGAGUUCGUGCAGAGUGGCUACGAUCGUACACGCCAUGGAGGUGAAGGGACCACAGAGAUUAAACAACCUCAUCCCGACGUAGGUGCCGCACAGACUGGCAGUCAUGGAGACGGGUUCGUACAGAGUGGUUACGAUCGUACACGCCAUGGUGGUCAGGGGACCACCGAGAUUCAACAGGGUCUGGGCCAACUAAAUCUGGGAGGAGCACAGAGUAGCGAUCAUGGUGCUGGAGGACGAGCGAAGCAAGACACGUUCGGGUCUUCGUAUGAUAAGCCAGGAAGUCAGCAGGGAGGUCUGCAAGAGUUUCAAGGACAAGUGCAAGGAGAGGGUUACCAAGGAUCGGGCAAGGAGCUACCCCGGACUCCUGCUGGAACUAAUCAGUCAGGCACCGACGAAAAUCUGAUUGGGCCCGGAGCGAAUGCUCCCCAAGGACCUGGAUCGAGUGUGUAUUGAGUAUGUUAGGUUUGUUAUAUUGUUUUCAUGAAGGGAUGAAUGGACGGAAUGAUUUGGAUGCGAUCGCAGAAAUGUACUCAUCUGGAAAUCGUGUGCUUUACCGUAAUUUUGUAUAUCAAUUCGUUUAAUUGUAACAUGCAUUGAAAUCAUCAUGCAAUAUUCGCGUCUCGAU